UCAAAUACAAAGCUCUUCGCAAGUCUCCUCCAUUCAUUAUCAAGUCGGGUUAUAUUUUCUUCACCACAAUCCCAUUCCUUUAUUUCGAUUCCAUCCCCUAAACUAGUCCAUCGAUUUCCACUUCAAUGCAGUACUAGUAGUGACAUUGAAGGUCAUGGUGGUGCUACAAAGAAGCAAUUAGUAUACAUAUCCAAUCCCAUUUACGACAACGAAGCGUGCAGGCCUAGCAGAGGUGAUACCCCGUUUGAAACGCCUGAUUCAUCACCUUCACGUCUCGAAACAAUUCUUUUUUCCAGGGAAGAUGACAAUGGCAGUGGCCAAUCAUCAUCGUCAAGUCCCUCUUCAUUCCCAUUAACUCCAAUGAAGAAACUUCCAGCUGAGGCAUGUUCAGUUUCACUAAGAGAUGCUAGGUCACUCGGCACUUCCGGAAGUUCCAAUAGUAACAACUCUUUGUUAUCCUCAGGAUCUCCCUGCACUUCUCCAUCAUGGUGAAUUUCAACUUCUUUAACUCGUUUAGGAAAAAAAAAAAAACUCGUUUAGGUAGUUCAUGUGAUAGAAUGCGCUCGUUCAUUAGGGACUUUGUUCUAAUAUUUUUUCGUCUGCAUUAGUGUGCGGUUAGCUUAGUUUUGAGUAGUAUUAGUUGUCAAGUUUGUAACAGGGAUGCACCAGACAAAGACUAACAUUAUUAGACGCAUUCGAAACAAAGUUAAAGGCAUGUCUGUUUACCCCAGAUUCGGUAACAAUUGAAUUUGUAAGUGAGAUAUAGGAUAUGUGGAUGAAUUUUAAUCUAUUUGGUUGAUGUGACCUGUCAAUAGACUUGUUUGUUGCAAUAUAUAUACAUAUAUAGUGCGUUAUUGCUCUGAGAACGUGUAUGUGAUUGGU